GUGCAUGAAACAACUGGAUAUGCUCCAUUUUAUUUGAUGUUUGGUCGAGUUCCGAGACUCCCAGUCGACAUGGUCUUCAAGCAGGUAUUGAAGGAUGCCAAUGUGGUUGACAGCAGAUCUUAUGCCAGCAAACUUAUGACAAAUCUUCAUGAAGCUGCUGCUAUUGCCCAGAGACAUGCACGAAAAGAGCAGCUACAUCAAGCUGAUGGUUACAACAAAAGGGUCCGGGGCACUUGUCUGCAUGUUGGAGAUAGAGUCUUGCUUGCCAACAAAGCAGAAAGGGGAAAAAAGAAGUUGGCUGAUAAGUGGGAACCAACAAUUUAUACAAUCAUUGAUUGCAAUCCCCAAACCCAUAUCUACAGAAUCGAAGAUGUGACUGGGAAGACCAAAGUUGUGCAUCGGAACUUGAUACUGGACGUGAGCUUUUUACCAUUCCCUAACCAGACCAGUGCAGAAGCUGAGUCAGUUGCCUUAGAUGGGAACGGUGGGUCUCCGUAUAGGCCACCCAGCACUUUGAAUGGUCUGGCAGAAGAAAACUCUGUGGAUAGGACUCGAUCAUGGCUGCGAUGGUCAUCUAAUGCUGACAGUGAGUCACUAGAAGAGGAAAUGGAGUCAGAACAAGAGAAUGACAUGUCAUGUUUUCCAAUCAGAGACGCUGGUCACAUGAUGUGCGAAGACUCCCAGACCGACUCUGUAGUUGACAGGAGCGUGGGACAAAGUGAGGAGGUCUCAUCGUUGAAAGACUCACCCAGUCCUAGUGGAUUUUCGGAGUCACAGGUAGUCAUUGAUUAUAAGGGCCCCUUGACAGGAGUCCCUAACAUGAGAGAGACAGGGUCUUGUGACAUCUUGCCCGCAACAGUGAGUGGUGGUCUUCCACCAGCCCAAGAUUCAGGGCCUGAGGGUCGUGUUGUUAGGACACGUACGGGCAGGGUUGUUAAAGCAGUUAACAGAUUGAUAGAGAAUAUGGUGCAGAAGCCACUUUCCAAGGGUUUAGUGGAGGGGUUUAGUAGGAAAUCUCAAUCCUUGUUGAAUUUGUUCUGAUAUGGCUAUAAACCCAUGGCAAUACUGUAGUUUUGUACUUUGUUUGGUGGUGACAUGUUCACGACAGUGGUAUUUAGUGCCAAGAUCUUAUGUGGAGUAAAAGGCUCCACAUUCACUAGGAGAAACAGCAGCCUGAUCAACUCCUGUUCUCUCUGAGCUUAUUUAGUAAGUAGCUUUCUAUGCUGUAUUAAGGACUGUGAUUGCAGAGGUCAUCUUGGUUUGGGUAUGUGUGAACAUUGUAUCCCGUGAUAUGGGUUGAUUUAUUGCAUGCUGUUAUCUUAAAAUGUUUAGGAUUUUGGCGAAAUUAAGGAGGGGUGAAUGUAACAGAUGCGGAAAAAAACAUGUAUUAUCAUGUCUGUAAUGUUUUUGUUUAUGGGUUAAUUUCUCCAAAAUCCCUACUUUGUGAUUUGUUUUGGUUUCUUCUUAAGUUAUAAUUUAACAUCUGUAACUUUAUUUUCGUAUUUCCUUUGCCAUGGUAUGAGCUUUUAUUUUGAAGGCUCAGGGGAUGUCAUACUGUUGCUCACGUCGUCAGUCAGUCCAUGUUUGUGCUGGCUGACAGGCCUGUUGCUGUUGAGGAGCUCACGUGCAUGUCCUCAUUGUAUAUUCCACCACACUGCAGAUUCCACCAUACUGCAGGAAUAAACUCCUGUUCCAAAGCCAUCUCUGUGUCCCUUCAUCGUGCACCAGAACACAACGCAGUAUAGCCGGGACCUGCGGAUAC